UUCAGUUAUGGGAAAACAGGCCUCUAUGGAUAUCCAACGAGGUAAUUUCACAUAUUGCCUAAUAAAUAUUGGUAAAAACCAGCGGGAUUAGCAGAAAUUUCUCUUUUAUCACUUUAAUCGUUGAAAAUAAGAGGUGAAUAAUUGAAAAUAAUACAAAACUGGAGACUAUAAUUUUAGAUAAUACUACGGAUAGUGGAAGAGAAAUAUGACAUAUUUAAUCCUGCGACUGUGAAUUAUUUUUUAAGUACCUAUUUAUAGAUAGAGAUGUAGAUUUAAACAAUGUGUACGCUUGGAAUUACAACCUGCUGAAGUUUAUGGGUAUCUGGCCGGAGGAGAGGAAAUGGAACCGAUCUUCCAGUUAUCUCGUUCUAUUACCGUGUAUCAUAAUGCUGUGCUUCGCAUGUGCUCCACAAACAAUUAACCUUCCGAUAAUCGCCGGUGACUCUGACCUGGUGAUCGAGAAUCUAUCGACUAACAUUACCGUCAUGGUUUCCCUUAUGAAGACUCUGACUGUUUGGAUCAACGGCAUACCGUUAAAGUCUCUACUGAGAUACAUGGCCAAUGACUGGGACAAAGUGACGAAUAAUACCGAACGAGAAACAAUGGUGAACAUUGCAAGGAUCACUAGAAAGAUUACAAUAGGAAGCACAUUGAUGGUUAACAUCGUAAUUCUCGCUUUUGUGCCUGCACGAUUGUCUAGCAUGAAAAAUAACGACAUUACACUAUUCCUUCGUGGCUAUUACCCGUACAACACUAGUAUCAGUCCAAAUUUCGAAUUGACAAUGAUCGGUCAAUACGUGGCUGCCAUUUAUGCAGCGAAUACGUACACAACUGUAGAUACUCUCGUCGUCCUACUGAUUUUCCAUGUCUGCGGACAGCUUUCGAUUUUGAGGCAAGAUUUAGAGAAGAUUCAUUCGUACGAUAAGAAAAAUAUAGAAAUGAAGAUGCAGAAGAUUGUCGAAAAGCAUGAAUAUAUAAAUAGGUUCGCGGGAAGGAUAGAGAAUUCCUUUAACCUGAUGCUUCUGCUUCAAAUGCUGAGUUGCACCAUCCAGAUAUGCUCUCAGUCUUACCAACUUAUUAUGUCGUUAGGAGAGAAUACAAUGGAAGACAUGAUUUUGCAAAUUUCGUUCCUGUUGAUAUACGUAGCUUACGUAAUGUUGCAACUGUUUCUAUAUUGUUACAUGGGAGAAAAACUGGCAGCCGAGAGUACAGAAAUAGCUAACAUAGCCUACAGUACAAAAUGGUACAAUUUACCUCCCAAAAAUGCAAGAUGGCUUGUAAUUAUUAUGUGUCGUGCCAGGUCUUCACCCUUACAAAUUACAGCAGGCAGAUUUUGUUCCUUUACUUUCGCGCUCUAUUGUCAGAUUAUAUUUCAAGCUUUCAAACCUAUCAUGAAAUCUUUCUACGAUGACUGGCGCAGUGCGAAGACGGAAGAAGAAAAGGCAGCGAUGCUGAAGAUGGCUAAACCUGCGAACUUUAUUUCCGUCUGGUGUUCAAUAUUAACUCUCACAAUGGUCACUGCAUAUUUAAGCCUUAGAUCUAUUACCGUCUAUCUUUCUGAUAGACUACAUGAAAACCAGGAUCGUUUGAGCUUGUAUCCUGGAUAUUUUCCCUAUAACAUUCGACCAGUACCGAUAUUGUUAAUGACCAAUUUUGCUCAAGUAAUUGCGGGAUAUUCAGCUACUAUUUGCUAUACCACUGUCGACACUUUUAUCGCUAUGUUAGUCCUGCAUAUAUGUGGACAAUUUGAAAUUUUAAGGAAGAAAUUAUCAAGAUUAAUGGACGGCGAGGGAGGAAACAGAAGCAUAGAUGAGUUUCAAAAGGAGUUGGUUUGGAUUAUUACCAAGCACGAGCAUCUGAACUGGCUUGCAGAGACGAUCGAAAAAUGCUUUAGUACGCUAUUGUUGCUACAGAUGUUACUGUGUACCAUCGAAAUAUGCUUUCAAGGUUUCUUAUUCUUCAACGUAUUGAUUAAAAACGAAAAUGAAAUCUUCAACUUUCAACUGGUUUUCUUUGUCCUCUUCGUCUGCUUCAUCCUUGUACACGUGUAUCUUUAUUGUUACAUAGGCGAGAUGCUUCUCAUUCAAAGUAGAGAAAUGAGCAAUUGCGCGUACGAAUCGAAUUGGUACAACGUCUCACCUUCUGAAACCAAAUGUCUUCUAUUCAUCAUGAACAGGUCCACUCGUCCACUUUGUUUGACUGCAGGCAAAUUUGAAUUGACAAUGAUAUUUUGUUAGGUUCUAAAAACGUCUGCCGGAUAUCUUUCAGUAUUGUUAGCCAUGAAAGAUUAACUGGUCGGAGAAAAGUAACAUAAUCGUAUGGUUGAAAUAUAUUGGUUCUUGUAUGUGGAAGAAACAAUAAAAUAACACAGUACACCGAGCAUUUUAUAAAAUCACGUUACAUAUCGUAUAAAUAUUUUGAUAUCCGUUCAAAGGUUCAUAUUACGAUUCAUAUAGCUCCAUAAGAAUGCUUUUAUCCGAAGGAAUUGCACAAAUAUUCGAAGAAUCUUUUGGUUAAACGAUCAAAACAUUGAAAUAU